AUGCGAGGAAGACUUGAUCACCUGGAAAAUCUUCUGGACAGCCUCGUACUGAGAAUGGAAGAAAAGAACGAAGCAGAAGACAAAGCGGGAAGCAGACUUUUUCAAACGCUAAUGGAAAAAGAAAACCAAGACUUAAAAAGAAGAGUGUUGCAACUAGAAGAAAAGCUACAAAACUCAAAUGUGCAAAUGGACAAUGUCAAAAUUACAGUCUCGAAAUUACUCUCUACAAACCAGCAACUAAUGGCGAGAAUAUCAGUUUUGGAAAAUAACAAUGAGAUGUCUAAAAAGAAAGAUAUAAACAUUACAUUUGGCAGAAGUAUCAAGAACUCCUAUAAGUCAAAUGAAUUCGUGAACAAGACACAUAAAUCAUCAAAGGAGAAACGUCUUUUGACAGAUGUCUCCACGCCAACGCCUCCAUUCGCAGUCGGUAUAGCAUUCUCUGCUUAUGUGUCUAGAUUCGAGACCGAUAUAGCGAAAGAUUACACGAUCAAAUUCGACAGCAUAGUGACAAAUGUUGGCAAUCAUUAUAAUCCAUAUUCUGGAAUAUUCAUUGCUCCUCAACACGGUGUUUAUGUGUUUACAUGGAACCUUUACGGUGGCUAUAUAUGUUCUGAGAUGAUUGUCAACUCAAACCCUGUUGCAGCCAUGCUGUCAGAAGGCAAGGGUGCUUCAAAUGUUAGAAGUACAACAGGAGUGGUGGUGGUGAAGAUCAACCACGGUGACGUGGUGUUUGUCCGCACUCAUCCUACUGAAAAUCAUAUAGGGAAUCUCUUUAGCUAUUCUAGUUGGAGGUCAUCGUUUAAUGGAUGGAAGAUAAACUAA